UCAGCUGGCUUUGCUGGUGUGUGUGUUUUAGUUUAAGUUGUUUUCCUCAUUCUUUUCUUUGUUUUUUUUUUUGUUUUCAAUUUUUCACCUGGUGUUGUUGUCUUCGCUUUGAUUGUUUUGUGUUUUUUGUUGGCAGUGUAAAUAGUAUACCGAUUUAUAAGUCCUACGAUUCCCGAAAUAUCCAACUUAAUCGAAACUCUCAAAACUUCUAAAGUGACACGCAGUACGUACAUGCAACGCUGUGAAUACACAAAUAGAAGAGUUACAAUCGCAAAAGUUUUGUUUGGAUAAACAAUCGAACAGGUGGAAAUUUAGAAAAACCGGCCCACCUUCGUACUAGUGGUGUUGUGAGAAAUUAUUGUUCGAAGCUAAAACGCAGCAUGUCGAAAAAACUAUUCGCCUGGACGAGUUCACUAAAAAAGCCCAACAAACUAGCAACUGAUGCAGUUGUGCUGGAAGAAAAUCAACGAAAUUCAGGUGACUCAUCGGACACAAUACAAUCAAGGGCGGUAUCUAUUACUCCGUCAACGCCGGAAAUGAGACUUUCACGUCAAUUUGAUAAUGAGCAUAGCAUGUCUGCUGUGCGAACGAGCGAUUCAUUGGUUGACCCGUUCAACACAUCGAACUCAUUAUCGCUAAAUAGUGUACAGCAGAAUGUUUACAAUUUUUCACAUAUUAAUGGACUGCUUAUCGGUACGAAUGUCCAAAUAAACAACAAUAUCGAACCAUCGCCGGAACGACGAUCCAACUCAGUAGAUGGUAUACAAAAGACAAGGUCGAUUGACGUUAUGAUGAGAUCCAAUGAACCAGUCAACGAAAGAGUGAUGGACGUCAUAUCAACUCACUUGGGUGAAAAUUGGCGAGGUCUGUUCCGUCAUCUGGGUUUCUCGGACGGUCAGAUCGAUCAAAUGAAGGAAGACUACCAUCCGAAUGGGGUCAAAGAGGUGAUUUAUCGACUACUUUUGGAUUAUAGCCGGAACAAUGACGAUGCAUCGUUGGGUCAUUUAACAAAGUUGAUGUGGAAAUUAGGCUACAGAGAAUGUGUCGCAAUACUGAAAAGGCAUUGGAAAAAUGGUGAUCUUGUAAGUGAAUCCGAAACGAAUAACGCUAACUCAGGAGGUGGUAAAGGUAAGACCGUCGAGUGAAUUUAGAAAUUUUUAUCUUUUGAGAAAUUAUUGAUAAGAAAAACAUUUAACGUUUUCGAAAGAGAAAUAUGAUUUUUGUAACUGAACAUGAGGUGGUCCAGAACUUAUGAUUUAGUCGUUAAAGAGUUGAGAAAUCGAUUUUUACUUAAAAGUAUAGAGUCUGAUGAUCACAACGUUGUCUUAUUGAUUCCAACAAAUUUUUAUAAUUUUAGUGUUUAAUGUGAUAAAGGGGUCUGCUUAAAGCAAAUUUAUAAAAAUGUAAAAUUUGUAGAAAAAGAAAAUAUUUUUCCGAAAUAAAAAUGAAAAAAA